GAGGAAGAGGCAGGAGGGGAGGAGCUAGGAAGGGAGCAAGAGCGGGCAGAGGGAGGAUUUCGCGGCUUUGUGGAUGCGAAUAUGAUGUGGUGAGCAGAUGGGUAGCCGAGAUUGCGUGCACAGGGACGCAGGAGGCUCGGUGGCGAACAUUUUGGUGUUAUGAGCGGGCGUUCCCGAGGUCAGGAUGAGCGUGGGACCUCGAUAAUCUGACUCUUGGUGUUCUUGGAGAAAAUGCAAUGGCUUGUGGUGGACUAGCGAUCAAGAAUGGAGAUCUGAGGCCCGAGGAUUGUAAGAUCUGCUUUUUGUGAGGCUCUCGACCUUAUGUUGAGUUAGAUGAGGGUCGAGGGAGGUGGGAUGGUUGUCAAUUGAAGGUGUAGCUAUGUGGAACUAUCAUGAAGCCUGGAAGAGGGGUGAUGGAAUGUGGGGAUGAUGCGAGUCGCGAAGACGGAAACUGUGAGUGCAAGUAUCGUGUUGUAGGUUAGGCAUUGUUGAAAAAGGUUCAUGCCAGGGAUGCGUUUGACUUUUUAGUCCACUGUGAUUGUGCCGGUCGAGAGAUUGCCUGUCCGAUCUCUUCUUAGAGCCACGCUUAUGUUGUCAAGCUGCAGAACUUGUAAUUGGAGCUCAGAGCGUAGGAGCUUUGAGCUUUGGGAUCACAGUUGCACUCCCGGGAGUGCACAUUUGUUGGGCUGUCAUAACCUUGGGGCCGUAAGACCAUGCUGUGGGUGGUCUAAAUAUCAAUUUGAUUAGCUUCUGACACCGCUCUUGUCACGUCCCUCCAUUUCAUCCCUGGAUCUUGUGUGGAAGGAGGCAAAUGACCACCUUGAGGCUCAACACUGUAGAGGCCUGUGUGCCACGGCUGUGAUUUAUGCUCUCUGGUGCCACCUGUCCUGUUUGCGGGAACUACCAUGGGUGCUUUGUGGUCUUGGAACAUGGAUGAGCGCUGUUGGAGGGCAGUACCCGAAGUAAAAACGUUCCAUUUGCAUUCGUCCUGGUCUCGUCACAGUGUUCUGGACCUAUUUAUGUUAGGGGCGUGGUGAAAUUGAAUUGAAGCUUUUGCAUCCUAUUGCUGGAAGAUCUUGGAACUGGCCAGCAGGGACUUGUUAAUAAUCGGUGUUGUCGAAGGGUCGGUUUUUACAGUAGACGUGCUACGCACUGCGCUAUACGAGCGUGAGAAGCAUUGGGAAAAACUGGGGCCGCAGAGACAUCAAUGAAGUCGACCUGAGAGGUUGUUCUUGAGGAUUAAGCGGCCAGGCAAGUGUUCAACCCGACGAGAUCGGCAGUCGCAUUUGUCAUCGGAGGGCUCUCUUGCGGUGGUAGAUAUUUAGGUGAAGCCUAUUUUCUCUUGCUGCUUUUCUGAUCGUGGAGAGUUGGUUGGAUACCAAGGGGUUCAUGCUCUAAGCGCAGCGCCAUGGAAUAUGGUGCGAGCAUUAGUCGAGGUCUUGGGGAUAUCUUGGAGAGUGUCAAGCGUUUGUGUUCGUUGGAGUCCUUCCUGGUUGUGAGUCGGAAGAGCAAGUUGAAGACAACAACUAUUUGGAUCCAAACCUGUGGAAGAACCUUCCUGAUGAUCUUCAUGCAUAAGUGCUCCAAAAACUGCCAUUAGAAAGCCUUGUAAAGUUUUGUAUGGUUUGUAAGAAGUGGAAUGCUUCCUAUAUAUUGAUCAAUUUUAUUCCUCCAUUGAAUUUGGCUAGGAAGUGUGUGCCCAUUUACUUCCAUGAUGAGGUGCCCUCCACGGUCUACAACCGAAGGAGAAACUCGUGGCAGCAAUUGUCUUUCUCCUUCUUGGAAACUCCUAGCACCUUUUUGUCCCUUCUUGCAUCAGCUGGAGGAUUGCUCUGCUUUAAGAGUGGCAUAGCCGGCGAGUUAAUAGGUUGCAACCCGAUCAUCUAGCAGUCCCGACAACUACAGGUGCCUUGCAGAAUUCGCCAUGACGCUAUCACUCAAAUUGACGGAGAGAGGGAAGUGGUUAUUUAUGAAAGUGCUCAUUCCACCCGGAACCUAAAAGUGUAUCAUCUCUCUACCGGUUCUUUUGACAAGGAAGUCGUCGUGGGAAUGGUUGUGGAGCAUGGAAACAACUAUGGAAGUGGCUACAAGCUGGUUGUUGCCAGAGUGAUGCUUUCCGACAAUUCUUCCGAGAGAACAACACUGGUCUAUGACUCAGUCACUAACUCCUAGAGAAAGGUGAUGAAGUUCCCAGAGGAGUGAGGUUUUGGAGAUCUGGGAAACCAAUCUCCAGCAAAGGAUACCUGUACUGCAUUACAUACAAUGAGCAGGUUUGGAGAGAGAGAAUGGACCAGGAGUGGCCGUGGAGUGGGCUUAGAUAUGAUUUGGAACAUGAAAGGUGGAGGUAGAGGAGGAAAUACUGGUUGGCUCGGUCCUAUUCUAAAUGGUGCUGUAGAAACUGGGGAUGUUAAAAAGGUUGUAGACGCCCCGGGACUUGCUUUCAAAACUCUUCGUAACCUCAGUCUUUUCUUGUGGGGCUACGUUGCUCCAACUUUUGUUCGUUGGAGGAGUUGAUUUUGAGAUUCUUAUACCUGGAUUCGAGCCUGGAAAAGAGAGCAGCGAAGGUUCCUGUUGACUUGUUAUAGUACUGGAUGUUGUACUCAUUUCUGUUGAAGAUUCGUCAGAUGAUCUUUCCUCAAUUAUGCUCGUAGAAUUAGCACUUCCUGGACUUGAUUCUGAAUGUGAUGGUAUCUUGUUGGGAGGAGUCAGUAAACUAACUCUGGGGACAACGUCCAAGCCUGGUAUGUUGGUAGGUGUCCCAGUGGCCGGAGACAGAGAAGGAAGUUCUGGUUGAGUUGAACUGGAUAGGAGUUUUUGCUUCUCUACUUGUUGGGCGUUUAACAAUGGAACCCGUCCUACUCUGGCCGGAGAAACUCCCUGGUGUAUUCAGCUUAUCGUUUGUAACCUCAGAACUAGGUUUAGUCCUGAUGGAGGUAGGAGCUGAUGAGACGGUUGGUUUAGAGAAAGAAAUUGGCAGGGUAGGCAAGUUCUGUGCUCCAGUGAUGCCGGGACUUAUGAAGGAUGAACCCUGCCCUGCUUUGCUUGUGGAUCUCUCUGGGACUUUGAUCUUGCCUUGAACAGGGAGAGAGAUAAUGAUUUUUUUCAUGGAAAGUGUUGAUAGCGAGCCUGUUUUUCCAAUUUUCAAAGAUGGACUAGAUACAAGCAAAGUUGGAGGAGAUGAAGACUUGAGUUCUGGUUGGCUUGGUCUAGUUCUUGAUUGUGUUUGGCUGGUGGAGGAGUUCGAGGAGAAAACUGAACCCGACUUGUCUAUAUAUGUCUGUGGAAGAACGUUCUCACUAGUGGACGAAGGUUGCCGAGACUGGCUUGCCAAUCUCUCUGGAACUCCCGCUUUAACUUUGAUAGAUUCCAGGGUGGUCGUUUUCUUACUAGAAGGCAUGGAUAACAAACCUCUUGGGUCGAGGUCCGAUGUUGAAGGAGGGAGGGGCAAAACUUGUAGAGAAAGUUCUCGUUGGCUUGAUUCAACUUUUGGUGGUCCUUCAACAGACUCGGGCAACUCGGAGGAUGGAACCGUCCCAGAUUUGGUCGCCGAUUUCCCUGGAGGUUUAGUCUGACCUUUUGAAGACAUGUGACUUGGUGCCAACGAAGGAGGGAUUGUAAUCGCCGCUCUGGGGUGCAUGUCCAAGGAUGAAGAUGGAACUGGUGUACCUGGGCUGGAGGAUGAAUGAACUUUUGAUUGGCUUGAUCUAACCUUGGAUGGUGCAUCAACAACAUGGGCUGACUUAGAGGAUGACAUGUUCACACUUUUGGUCGUAGGUUUGUCUCGAGGCUUGGCGGUACCUUUGGCCGAUUCAGCACUGGAUGAACCCUUUGCAGGAGGGGUAGAUACAGAGGCUCUUGUGUCGACAUCUGAGGGUGGGAAAAGGGGUAGGGAAGUUGUAAUUGGAGAAGGAGGCUUCGGUGGAGUUGAUUUAUUGCUUGUUGGUGCGUCAACACUCAAGGAUGAAUUUAGCUCAGAUUUGGUUGAGAAUCUCUCUAGGUGUGUGGCCUUACUUUUGAUAGAUUGGAGACUAUGAGUUUUCUUGGCAGUACGGAUCAAUAACGAGGCAUCGCACAUGACUCAUUUGGAUCUAAAAGGAUGUGGAAUUCUGGCUCAAACCGCCAUUCGCUGCCUUUCUCUUUCUUUGCUCGAUGCGUCGUAUUGCAACCAGUUAGAUGAUGACUUCCUCACAGCCAAUCCUUUUCCCUAAGUUACGGAUCUGCUCUGCCGACUUACCUUACCUACAUUGUUUUAUUGACUAGAGGCAGUGCACCUUGGAGACCUGAUGGGGUUAUGAGUACCGACCGUAGAAGUAGGAGCAUCUUGGGUUCACAAGGGACCAGAUGAGCAGGCUCCUACAGAGUUUCCAUGAUGUCCGGCAGAGCCCACGGUUCGAGUAAUUCUAGGAGUAGGUUAGCUCCCGGAUAGUAUGGCAGCGAUUAACGAUGGGGCUUAUGGGCACCCGGUUGCUAAUCCGGAAAGUUAGUGGCGGCCACUAGAAAUAAGAGGCAGCCACCGGUCCGGAAUUGAUGGGCUUUUAGUUGGUCACUGGUAGAAGAUAGGAUUUAAGCCGGGGGUUUUCUCAAGGUAGGGGUCUCUUUUUGUACUCAAUUUUGAGUUUUUCAAUUGAGAACAUACCUGUAGUUUUUAUCUGUGG